AGAAACAGCGUUUGUUUGGUAGAAAAGAAAAAGAAAGAGAAAAAAAGAAAGUUUAAAAAAGAAAGAGAGAGAAAGAGAGAAGGUGGGUGGAAUCUUCUUCAGGCAAAGGACCAAAUAAACAGUCAGGAAUCGCCCUCCCUCUUCUCCUUCUCUUUUAUAUUUAUGCUUUGGGGGUGCUUUUCUUUUGGGUUUCUAUUUAAUUUUCCAGGCUCUUGAUUGAUUCCAUUUCCCGUCAAAUUUUCUUUCUUUCUCUCUUUCUUUCUCGACCCAAAUCAGAAACCACAGAUUCCUUUCCUUUUCUUUCCCUUUAUUUAAUUUUCUCUCUCUCAUCUUCAAGACUCACAAACGCCAAACAAAACCCAUAAUCGGCAUAUCUCAAAUCAGGAAUCGAAGGGAUAGAAAUGGCGGAAGAACAUAGAUGCCAAGCACAGCGUCUCUGCGUCAAUAACUGCGGAUUCUUUGGAAGUCCAGCCACCCAAAACCUCUGUUCCAAAUGUUAUCGUGAUCUCCAGCUCAAAGAGCAGCAAUCCUCCAACGCCAAGCUCGUGUUGAACCAAACCCUAGUCUCCGCCUCAUCCUCCUCAUCAUCAUCAUCAUCAUCAUCAUCAUCGUCAUCGUCUUCCUCAUCGUCGACUGCAUCAGUUUCUAUUUCUAACCCAUCCGCCGUUGAGAUCAGCAGCAAUCAGCCAGUUUCAGCGACGGUGGCCGUGAAUGAUAAGGAGGAGACACCGGUGGUGCGACCAAAUAGGUGCUUGACUUGCAGGAAGCGCGUGGGGCUUACGGGAUUCAAGUGCAGGUGUGGGUUGAUGUUCUGCGGCAGCCACAGGUACCCGGAGCAGCAUGGUUGCACGUUUGAUUUUAAGGCUAUGGGCAAGGAGCAGAUUGCUAAGGCCAAUCCAAUGGUGAAGGCAGAGAAGCUGCAAAAAAUUUGAAAUUGAGAAGGA